GCUCCCAGCUUCGUUAUGGGCCCUGGUGUCUUCGUCUGUAAUUCCAUUCUUCCUCUGCUUUUCUUCUUCUGGUUUCUGUUUCUAGAUUGUAAAACCAGAGAGAGAGAGAGAGAGAGAGAUGGGGAGAGUGUUCGUAGUGGAAUUGGAGGGGAGGGCUUACAGAUGCAAGUUCUGCAAAACCCACUUAGCCCUUUCCGAUCACCUUGUCUCCCGGGGUUUUAAUUGCCGCAGGGGAAAAGCAUACCUUUUCAGUAACGUAGUAAAUAUCACUGUUGGACCUCAAGAGGAGAGGAUGAUGCUCUCUGGAAUGCAUACUGUAGCCGACAUAUUCUGUUGCUGUUGUGGUCAGAUUGUCGGCUGGAAAUAUGAGGUUGCACAUGAAGACAGCCAGAAGUACAAAGAAGGGAAGUUUGUUCUUGAGAGAGGCAGGAUAAUUGACGGGGUCGACUCAGAGUUCUACAUUGAUACCCACCCCAACCUGAGCGAUGCUGAUGAACCAUAAAUUCUUUUACCAUAUGCGCUGUGAGGUGUUAUGAGUAUUAUGAGAAUGUUGAGAUAUGUGUUUUUGUUGUAAGAUUUUGAAGCAUGAAAUUGCUGAAGAAGCUUACCUUAUGACCCGUAAAUUUCAGGUACGUAUUUCUUGAUCAAAA